AUGUUGCCCACACCAGUUUCUUUUUCUCGGCGCCCUUUUCGUAGAGAAGGGGGAUCUCUUGACAAAUCCCGUCGACGGAUACUCGACAGCCUUCUCACUCGGGCUCGCGUCACGAACCUGGCCGUGCUUCUACUGGCAGCAUUUUCUGCCAUUUCAUUCCUUGUAAACCUCUCCUUGUACUUCUCAGCUGCACCCACACCCGACUCCCCUUUGCCUCACAGUAUCGUCUCCACUAUCGCACGGCACAGGGCGCUUGCGAAUCUGAAUCAUCUGGUCAUCGUGCCAGGACAUGCCAUAUGGAGGGGUGCCAAUUCUGCCUCACGGUUAGAUGUGGAUGAUUGGGUUUUGGAGCCAUACCAACGAGAAGGAAAUCGAGUCGAUACUUUCUACCGACAUAUUACACGUGGGGCGGAGAUUACCUUGAAAGAUGAACAUGCGCUUGUUGUUUUUAGUGGUGGACAAACGCGAACCAGUUCAACGACUACCGAAGCAGAAUCCUACUUGCGACUGGCUUUGAACUCCAACGUGUUUGGAGAAUCAACCUUCUUUUCUCUAUUGCACGCUUUCACGAGUACCUCUGGCCACUAUCCAGACCACAUUACAGUUGUCGGAUAUGAAAUGAAGCGUGCCCGAUUUACGGAUCUCCAUCGUGCUGCAGUGCAUUGGCCCAGGGAGAAAUUUCACUAUAUCGGUAUUGACCCACAGGCUGAGGAAGCCAGUGCUCUUGCUAGACAAGGAGAACAUCAGAACGGGUAUCUUCCCUACUCAAAAGACCUUUACGGAUGCCACUCGGACUUGCUGGCGAAAAGGAAAUCGCGAAAUCCCUUUUCCCGCUUCCAUUCAUACUUAACCUCUUCUCCGGAAUUGAGGGAGUUAUUUGAGUACUGCCCUUCCCCGAGUACGACUAUCUUCCAAGGAAAGCUUCCAUGGGAUUGA